CGAAGAUGAAGAGAACGGGUGAAAGUCGCGACAUCAGGGGGAAUUUUCAGGGAAAAGCAUCACUCUACAACAACUGUGACACUGCUUAACCCUAUGUAUAAAUUCUCCAAAUCUACAAAGAUGAGCCAUAUAGGUCUUCAUCUUAUUAAACAUUCAUAGACACAAGAACCGGAACAAGGUCGGUAGACCCUGGCCUGGAGGGUCUUGGGUCUAUUCUGCUGAAACAUGUCUGGUUUGUACAAAAAACCGGAGAGAGUGUUGAAUCCCAAAGCUUAACAAAAGACGAAUGGAGAGUGACGUCAUGUGUUCCAGGUGGAGGAGAUGGGUAUAUAGGCAGGUGGAAAAAAGGUCUUGCCACAGUCCACGUCGAACCUUCCACACAAUGACUGCUGCUAAAACUUUCCUCGUCGCUCUCUGUUUGGGCUUGGCAGUGGCUGACGAAACCAUUCGGGAAAAGCGUGGAUUUAUCGGCGGUAAUGGCGGCGGCUACGGAGGAGGCCACGGCGCAGGCGUGGGCGGAGGCUACAGCAGCGGCGGCGGAGGCUACCUGAUCGUCGGCGCCGGCAACGGGGGCGGCCACGGCCCCAGCGGCGCCGACGUCGCCAACGAGGCCGCCGCACAGGCCACGGCCGCCGCCGCCGGCCUCUCCGGCGCCGCCAACGCCGCCUACGGAGCAGCCGCCAGCCAGGCCGCUUCUGUGUCGUCGGCCGCCGCCCAGACUGCUCAGGCAGCGGCAGCAGGCAAGCAGGCGCAGGCCGCCCAGGUCACCGUGGCCCUGCAGGGUGCUCAGGCUGCCUCCUACGCCGAGGCUUCCCUCACGGCGCAGGCCGCGCAGGCCGAGCAGGAGGCCGAGAACACCUACAACCUGGCGGUGGCCACGCUCAACGACAUCAGCGCCGCCGAGAACGAGGCGCGGGCCGUCGUGGCGCAGACGGGGCAGGCGCUGCAGGCCGCCCGCCGCGUGCGCGCCUCGCAGGCCGCCAUGGCCUGGCAGGCGCAGCAGACCGCCAACGCCCUCGAGCAGCAGCAGACUCUGGCUCUCAAGGACCUGCAGUCGGCGCAGCAGGCGGCGGCCCAGGCCGAGGCUGCGGCGUCCAAAGCCCUGGCCAAGGCCAAGGGCAACAACCCCUACGGCUACGGACACUAAGCACAGGCCGCAGGGCUCUCCUAGGGAACAGGCCAGAGCG